AUGGAAGAAGAAAGAAAAUGGGAGGAUAUGAACCAAGAUUGUUUGAUCGAGGUGUUCAAGAAGGUAGGAGAGGAAGCAAUAGAAUCCCUAAUCUUGGACGUGCCCUUUGUCUGCAAAUCAUGGUAUAAAGCCUCUCUUGAUCCUCAAUGCUGGAAGGCUCUGUUUCUCCCCAAACUCACUGACACUCCAUGGCCACCAUUCAACCCAUCGGAAUUCAACAAUUUUUCCAGGAGAUUUAUGAAAGAGUUCCAUGUCCAGAACUUUUCUGUACGUGGGUUCUUAAAGUUUGUGAUUAGUCGAAGCCGCAGAUCUGCUAUUUUACUUGCACUUCCAACGUGCUGUACUCUUGAAGACCUCGAAUUUGUAUCAGACGAGUUCCCCGCUCUGCAAUUCUUGAUAUUGUCAGAUACUGUGGCGGGAGAAAUAGAUGAUUAUAGUGUUUGGCCACCUAUGAGUAAAUUCAAGGAUUUGAGAGGCUUAACACUGGGGUUAUUACCCAACUGUCUGGAGGAGUUCCUCACCGAUGUUGGUCUCAACUGCAAGAAAUUUGAAUCCUUAACAAUGAGUGGUCCAAUUAACAGUGAAGACGCAUUAGCCAUUGUUACCCACUUGCCGACGAUAAAAAGCUUGCACCUUCGUGGGUCUAGGCUCCUUCGUGAGGAUCUAAAGAUCAUAUUAGAAGGUUGCAAGGAAUUGUGUUUGUUGGAUGUUAGAGACUGCGUUGGUUUUGAGGUUGACGACGAGAUACUGAAGCUUGCUUCUCGAUCGUAUCAGCACCUUCUUGUUUGA